AUGACGUCCAAAGCCGCAUGGGAACCUGAACACGACGAAGUAUUUGUGGACUUAUGCGUCGAGCAAAAGAUGUUGGGGAAUCAACCUGAAAUGCAACAUAUAUUGGAAGCUUUUCAAGAAAUGGGUGUGCGGUUCACCAUAGACCAGCUUAUAAAUCAUUGGGAUACAAUGAUCAAGCAGUGGAAGAUUUGGUGUAGACUUGUUCAAUGCAAAGAUAUCAAAUGGGAUUCCUUGACAAACACGUUUGGUGCCACUGAUCAAGAAUGGGCCAACUAUUUAGAGGUGAAUCCUGAGGCUGGGCAGUAUCGGUGUAAUCCCCCCUUGUUCCUCGAGAAACUAGAGAUUAUCUUUGCAGGUAUGAACUUAGAUGGUGAAGGUACUUCUUCAGGUAGCAAAAUGAAGCAAAUAUGUGAGCAUCGUGAUGAAGAAAAUGUUACUGGAUAUGUACCUAGGCUAAGCGCGUCUGAUAUCGCGACUCGUCGUCAUUAUAAGUGGUCACCAUCCUCACAUGCGAUUGUUGUGGACACGUGUUUCCAAGAGUCUUUAAAAGGAAUCAGACCAAUCAAACGUAACCAUCUUUUUACAAAGGAAAGUUGGAAAAUGAUUCUUGAGAAAAUCAAUCGGAUCACAGGACUAGGAUACACACAUAAGCAGCUCGAAAACCACUUCACACGUACCAGGACAUCUUGGAAGCACUGGUGUGAAACUAUUGCCUCUCCCAUCAUGAAGUGGGAUGCCAAUACUCGCAAGUUUGGUGCAACCGAAGAGGACUGGGAUAAAUACUUGAUGAUAAAUAAAAGAGCUCGAGUCUUCAAAAGGAGACAUAUUCCUCAUGCUGAUAAACUGGCAACCAUCUUCAAAGGACGUAUCGAACCUGGAAAAACCAAAACCCGCCGUUAUCGCAAGAGAGUGAUCGAUCAUCAUUCAGAAUCACCACAGCUACAUGAUCAUCAACCAACUCCAUCAUCAGUAGUAGUCAACACAAACGAGCCAGUCAAAGGAAGUGACGAUAGAGCGGAGGAUGGCAAUGUGGAGCCUACUUCACUGAUUAGGUCAGACUCAGAGGAUGUUGCUGAAACUGUAACUCCCGAGAUGAUGGAGAAGAUUCCAGUGAAUGCAUCGGUCAAGAAGAAGGAGAAGUUUACCUUUGAGGAAUGCGUGGAGUGUUUGGAUGCCAUAGAAGAGGUUGAGAAAGGCGGUGAUCUAUACAUGUUUGCCUUGGAUUUGUUUAAGACCAAAGACUACAGAUAUCUCUUCUUGAUGUUGCAGAAAUCAAGUUUGAGGAUGGCUUGGCUGCUAAAGCUUCUAUCAAACCCUUAA